AUGCCUCCAACACCAGAAGACCUCCCUCAGAUCUGGCAACGCCCGAGCUACUCAUCGCUCAUAUCGGCCCUGGAGAGCCUCGAGGUCCGAUUGCCGGUAUGGAAUCACGGGCGGAAGAGGUCCGACGUCCUGGCCGAGCAGGAGACCCUGGCGAACCGGCACAACGCCUCUGCGACGCGGUACCUGUCCACCAUCAUCGGGAGUCGGCUGUCCUGGCUGGACGGCGACGAGGAGCGCGACCGGGUGUGGGACCAGGCCAGCAGGCGGAUGGCGGAGCGGUGCGGGCGGAUGGCCAUGGGCGAGGUCCUCCGCUCCUGGCCGUUCGACCCCGUCGCCGACCAGCAGGGGGGUGAGGGAGGCGGCGGCAGGAGCGGCGGCAUCGCAUCGUUCGAACCCUUCGAGCUGGUCAUCAAGGAGCCCGGGCUGACGGGGGACUCGCUGGGUCUCAAGACCUGGGCGUCGUCGUACGUGCUGGCGCGGAACCUGCCGAGGCUGGGAGCCACCGUGCUCUUCCGCCUGUUUGACGAGUCGCUGGGGGAGCCCCGGCCGGACGUGCUCGAGCUGGGGUCGGGGACGGGCCUGCUGGGCAUCGCGGCCGCCGCCGUCUGGAAGGUCCCCGUCACCCUGACCGAUAUGCCGGCCAUAGUGGCCAACCUCGAGGACAAUGCCGACAGGAACUCGGAGCUGGUCGAGAGGAGGGGGGGCUCGCUACGGGUCGGCCGUCUCACCUGGGGGGGAGAGGUCGACGAGGGACUCUUCGAGAAGGCGAACCGGUUCAAGAUUGUCCUCGUUGCCGAUCCGUUAUAUGAUGACAACCACCCGACUCUGCUGGCCUCCGCCAUAGACCAGCACCUCUCGCUCGACGCGGAAGCUCGAGCGGUGAUCAUGGUGCCUCUGAGAGACGAGACGACGGUCCGGCUGCUGAAGGAUUUCAAGGAGGCCAUGGCCGGCCUCGUGACCCCCCUCGCAUGUGACGACGGGCAGGAGGAGGAGCUCGAGGGCCAGGAUGACUGGGACUCGGCCAGCCCGGCUGCUCGACGGCUGCACGGUCCAUCUCUUGAUGUCGUCUUGCCAGCUGUCAACAUUCUGCCCUCGCCUCCCACCUCUUGA